UUGCGUGGAAUAUAUGUUGUCAACAAAACAUGUUUAGAUUUGAUAUAAACAUUGAACUAUCUGUAAAGAAUCAAUUUUCAUUGGAAUCAUCAUCAGCUAGCACACAAGAGAAAGAUCAUGUUAAGCCCAAAGUGCACUGAACUUGAAGUUGAAAUCAAGACCUUAAUCAAGGUAUGGCUCAAAAUCCUAGCCUCACUAUGUUAUUGUUAUUUCAUAUCCUUAAACAUACCAAAAGGCAUUUUAAGGUUACUCUCUUUGUCCCCAAUUUUGUACCUUUUCACCAUCCUACCAUUACAACUCUCCUUUGUUCUCCCAAUAGGCAUCACUUCAUUUUUCAUCACUUGGCUCACAAACUUCAAACUCAUCCUUUUUGCCUUUGAUUUGGGCCCAAUCUCUUCCAACCCAUCAAAAUCUCUUCCCAUUUUUCUCAUCUUAGCUUGUCUCCCAAUUAGAAUCACUCAAAAACAAAAACACCCACUUAACCAAAACCAAUCAAAAUUUAAUCUUUUGCUUCCAAUCAAGGCAUUACUUUUUGGUCUUUUUCUUAUAGGCCUAAAUGACCAUAUAAAAAAGAAAAAGCUUUACCCAACAAUUACUAUUGUGUGCCUCUAUUGUAGUCUCAUAUAUUUAUUAUUAGACCUUGUUGUGGGAUUUUUCAACAUUUUGAUUAAUUCUUUAUUUGGGAUUAAACUUGAAUUACCAUCUAAUGAGCCUUAUUUGUCUACUUCAUUGGGUGAUUUUUGGGGGAAAAGGUGGAACCUCAUGGUAACAUAUAUUCUGCGACACACUAUAUACACUCCCAUAAGACUAUUAAUGUCCAAAACUGUAUUGGGCCCCCAAUGGGCUCCAUUGCCUGGAAUUAUUGCAACUUUCUUGGUGUCUGGGCUAAUGCAUGAGCUACUAUUCUUCCAUGUCACACGUGUUACUCCCACGUGGGAGGUUACUUGCUUUUUUGUGCUUCAUGGGGUAUGUGUGGUUGUAGAGGUUGGUUUGAUGAAGUGGUUGGGUCAUAGGUGGAGAGUACAUUGGGCCAUAUCUGGGCUCAUUACGGUGGCGAUUGUGGUGGCUACCGCCGCAUGGCUAUUCUUUCCACCAUUGUUGCGUGAUGGUGCCGACCAAAGAAGCAUCGAGGAGUUAAACAAUGUCGUUCAUUGUGUCCUGAGAAAGUUUCAAGGGAGGGAGUAACUUUUUCGAUCCACAUUUCUAGGAAAUCACAUAUUUCUGAAAGUGUAUUUGAACGACAUAUUAUAUUUGAAAGUGUAUUUUUAGACGGCACAAAAUUUGUAUUUUUUUUCUGAAUAUGUACAUUCAAUGUAAUAUCAGAGCUUUGUUUUCCUCAACAAAAUAAAAUGACUCAUUCUAUUUUUCAGAAUCAUACAUCAUACAUACAUUACAUAAUACAUAUAAGAACAAGAUUUGCAUGAAUGAUUUCUCCCUCUCAAUUAUCAUAGCUUAAUUUCUUCAUAUAAAUACAAAAACCAAAUAAUCAACAUUGAUCAACUUAUUUCCCUAAAAUACAUACCCCAACUAUUUACUAACUUCUGAAACGGAUGAGUCUUAAAUACAUCAAUUAUAACAUUGUUGAUCCAUAGAAUAUAUUGAAUGAUUCAUGAGAGCUGAAAUCAUAUUUUCUCAAGCAGCCAAUCUGUGACUUGUACUCUACUUGAGGAUUUACAUUUGUUUAUACAGAACUAUUCGCCACUCAAUAUGGGAACUAUGAGAGGGUUCAUCUGUGCCA